AUGCGACGCAGUAGAGGCGGCUCAAAUCGAAUACUACGGUAGUAUCUAGCCCAUCCGUGAGAGGUGCGUAUGGCCCCGCUCGGAGCUUUUCUGGACACAGCUUCGGCAGUCAAAUAGCCUGAUAUUCGACACCAUAGAGGAUGCGGAGAUAUUGCAUCCAAGACGGCUAAGACAGUAAAUCAUCGACCUUCCCCACAAUUGCAGGGGUGCACCACGGACGACUGGAUGUGCUCUACUUAAUUGCCUAGAUAUAGAGAUGAAGGUCCCCUCGCCCAUGCUGGGGAAGGACUGUUCUCCGCCUUGGGAUUACAACACGCCAUAACCUCGACGACGAUAACCGGAACGGUUCACGAUGCGGUCCACGGCCUCAGUCCUCUGCGGUGCCUUGCUCGCCAAGGGAGCAAUUUCCGCCCCUUACCGCAGCAGCAAUGCCACCUGCGCGCCCGUCCCCUCUCCAUUCCCGACAUACCAACAGCUCCCCGUGCAGUCCACGAUGCCAGACCCCUUCCUGCCACUCGCGUACACCACGAUAGACAACGCCGGCUCGGGCAGCGCCAGCGCCUUCGCGAACGCCGUCAUGACGGGCAAGGGCAAGAACCGCGUCCAGACGCCCGAGGAGUGGUACCAGUGCCGGCAACCCGAGAUCAUGAAGCUGCUGCAGGAAUACCAGUUCGGCUACUACCCGGACCACGGCCAGGAGACGGUGGAGGCGACGCGCAGCGGCACCACGGUCAACAUCGCCGUCACCGCCGGCGGCAAGACGGGCAAGUUCAAGGCCACCAUCUCGCUGCCGGCCGCCGCGUCGGCGGACAAGCCGGCGCCCGUCGUCAUCAACAUCGGCGGCAUGCAGAAUCAGCCAUACCUCAGCGCCGGGAUUGCUAUCGCCCAGUUCGACUACACGAGCGUGGCGGCGGACAGCAAUGCCAAGACUGGUGCUUUCUGGGACGUCUAUAAGGGCAGGGAUAUAGGAGUCUUGACCGCCUGGGCAUGGGGUUUCCACCGCACCCUCGAUGGCCUGAACAUGACGGUGCCCGAGAUCGAUUCGACGCGCGUGGGCGUGACCGGCUGCAGCCGGCUCGGCAAGGGCGCGAUGGCUGCGGGCCUGUUCGACGAGCGCAUCACGGUGACGAUGCCCAUGUCGUCCGGUGUGCAGGGGCUCGGCCCGUACCGCUACCACGCCAUGAGCGGGCAGGACGAGACGCUCGAGAACAGCAAGUCCGGCGCCGGCUGGUGGAGCGACAGCGCGCUGGGCACUUUUGUCAACCACGCCGAGAACCUGCCGUACGACGCCCACACCCUCGCCGCCGCGCUGGCGCCCCGCGCCCUCAUCAUCGACCAGGGCAUCGGCGACCAGUUCACCAACAGCAAGGCCACCGCCGUGAUCGUCUACCCGGCCGCCAAGCUCGUCUACGAGUUCCUCGGGGCGGGGGACAAGAUCGGCAUGAGCGUGCGGAGUGGUGGGCAUUGCGAUAUGAGUGGAUUCAACUCUGUUCUCCCCUUCGUCCAGAAGAUCUUCUUCGGGACAGCAACAACGAAGGAUUACAACGACCUCGGCAGCUAUGGAGCUCCCAUGACCACGGCAUACCCGUGGGCGACGGCCGUACCGAAG